CCGGCCCGCGCAGACGAACUGGCUGCUUGACCUGCAGAUCACGAAAGGUCCGAUGCGACGAGGCGAAACCACACUGCGCCAAUUGCACUCGACUCCGGUUGGGAUGUGUCUACGACCAAUUCUUUUUCGGGGGGGCCAUACCGCGACGGCGGAGUAGGACUGCUACCGUUUCGGAGAGCGAGAGUCCAGGGACUCCUGGGCCACCGUUAGUACCGGCAGCGGAGACACUAGCGAUGGUGUCUGUCGGAGCGACGUCGAAAAUUGAGACUCCAGGACGUCCGAAUGUUAACUUUUUGGAUACUGUAUUGCGAGCGGACGAGCAGCGACAGCGGGAAUUCGGGACAGGUGAUAAUGCUGGAGCGGGUCUGACGGGACCGUUUGAUAUGCUUGGUUUCAUCGGGGAAAUAACAUCUGAACUGGGACAGAAGCAGUUGAAUAUCCUCAAUGGAGUGUCAGACUUUAUCAGUCCGACGUUGGCCAGUCCUCGCGAGCAACAGGCAUCGAUAAACGAUGGGGUCCCGACAGAAGCCACAGACGGAAUUCACUCAGAGACACCGGAGGUGGCAGUCUCAGAGAACGGAACUCAGGCAACAUACGAGGAACAAUUACUGAUGCACUUUCUGGAAAUCGAGUCGCUUCCAACGAUCUUUGGUACGGUCAAUAUGGAAUGGAAGUACGCGCGUCCAGCCUUGCUAUCGCAAUCGCUCGACUCCGGUCCGCUACUGAAUGCCAUGUAUUGCUACGCAGAUGUGCACAAGGCAAUCAUGGAGGGGAAACGAUGGAGGUUGGCACCGACUUAUCAUCGGCGAGCCAGCCUGGGCAUUCAAGAAUGUAUCCUGGGAGACGUGAACGAGUCAACGCUGAAAAGAGUAUUUGCGGCAGUAUUUCUGCUCAUGCUGUCCGAGCUGCUUUCUUCCCCCGAUUUGUGCCGUCCCGGGACCUCGUUUCUGCACUCUGCAUAUCUGCUGCUCCGACGAUUCCGCAAUCGAACAAAGACAUGGACCGGACUGGCCCACCUGACAGUGUCGUGGGUUUCCUUGCUGGACGUCAAGGCAUUAAUUGCAGGUCGCGAUGGCGAUCCCCUUGUUGAAUUGGGUCAACUUUCGGAGCCUGAUAUGAGUUGGCAUGCAGAUAAUAGCAGCAUGCACUCUGCACGAGAAAAGGAACCCGACGAUUACAAGGAUUUACUUACUAGACCGGGCUAUCUCAUUUAUGAUGCUAUCGCGGGUCCCGUAUUCCGAUUCUACGUCCAAGCACAGCAAGUCAUCCGGCGCAUAAUCUACAUCGACCUUCACCACCGUAGUCGCGGGACACUGAAUGACGAAUUCGAAGUCCUGCAGAUCGCACACAAGGUCGGUGCAGACCUCGAGACUCUCUGGAACCGCCGGCCACGGGUGUUGGACGUAUAUGACAAACCGGAAGAACUCUUCGACACACUGAGCCCAUCUGUCGCCAUCGAACUUUGUCGGAGUUUCCGGCAGUAUGUAGCCAACUUCCUUGCCAGCUUCAUCUACCUGCAUCGAGUUGCGUUUGCUAUCUAUCCCCGAACAGACCGAGUGCAUGGCGCAGUGGACCAAAUCAUCCAACUAGCCAGAGUCGAGACUGCGCAACAAGACCAAGCAAACUUGGUGCCAAUGAGCUUCAUCUGGCCAUUAUUUGUGGCUGGUCUAGAAGGGUCAUUAGAGCAGCGAAGGUGGAUUGUACAGGAGAUGCGACGGAUGGCCGAAAACGCGGCCGCACCGCAGCAGAGACAUCCUAAUGCGACGCAGGCGUUGAUGUUGCUGGAGGAAAUGACACGACGACAGGAUGAAUCUCGGACGGGGGCGGACUCGCGAUGCGUAAGACGGGAAUUGUUUGCUGAUUCUUUCGUGAUGAUAUAAUACCCUAUACAAAUUCUACAUAACGAUGCCAAUGCCAUUGUUGAGUACAAUAAUUAACCUUGGUCUUACUUAGCAUUGUCGCUGUACACGGACUUGGCGCAAACCCUGAUUAUGCCUGGGUCUGGCAACCGAAGAACAACCCGCC